AUGGCUACGACGAGAGUCUCUUGGUUAUUACGCUGCACUCACACUUGGUCGAUUCAACCUCAAACCCUCUGCAACAGAAACGUUACGACGCUAACUACUACUGGUACAAUAUUUAGUAGAAGAAGAACAAGUUACGUUGGUGUAUCAAUGGCGGUGAAAACUAAAGAGGAAGAGAUUGUGUUGGAGGAAGAGAAGAAGAAGCUUCAGUUAGGGAUUGCUGAGUUUUACGAUGAGUCUUCUGGUAUAUGGGAGGAUAUUUGGGGGGAGCAUAUGCAUCAUGGAUUUUAUCAUCCGGAUUCUACUGUUUCGGUUUCGGACCAUCGGGACGCUCAGAUCCGAAUGAUUCAGCAGUCUUUGAGUUUUGCUUCUCUUUCUGAGGACUCAACAAAAUGGCCAAAGAGUGUAGUUGAUGUUGGGUGUGGCAUAGGGGGGAGUUCAAGGUACCUAGCCAAGAAAUUUGGGGCAAGUUGUGUAGGCAUCACUCUCAGUCCUGUUCAAGCUGAAAGAGCAAAUGCUCUAGCCGCUGCUCAAGGAUUAGCUGACAAGGUUUCCUUUCAAGUUGCUGAUGCUCUAGAGCAACCAUUCCCUGACGGCCAGUUUGAUCUGGUGUGGUCGAUGGAAAGUGGAGAGCAUAUGCCUAACAAACCAAAGUUUGUUGGAGAGUUAGUUCGGGUAGCAGCACCAGGUGGCACCAUAAUUAUAGUAACAUGGUGCCAUAGGGAUCUUCGUCCAGAUGAAGAAUCUCUUCAACCAUGGGAGGAGAAUCUCUUGAAGAAGAUAUGUGACUCAUUUUAUCUUCCAGCAUGGUGCUCAACUGCUGAAUAUGUCAAAUUGCUUGAGACCAUGUCCCUUCAGGACAUCAAAUCAGCAGAUUGGUCUCCCUUUGUUGCGCCAUUUUGGCCAGCAGUGAUACGUUCAGCAUUAACAUGGAAGGGUUUCACUUCAAUCUUAAGGAGUGGGCUAAAAACUAUAAAAGGAGCUUUGGCUAUGCCAUUGAUGAUAGAAGGAUUCAGGAAGGGUGUAAUUAAGUUUGCCAUUAUCACAUGUCGAAAGCCUGAAAACUAG